CAGUCGUGAAAUGGAGGAAAAACAAAGAAUUCUUGACAGAAGAGAAUAUCCUUUGGUUCCAAAAAGAAGAUUAACAAGUUUGGACAGUUUCAACCAAGGGGUAACCGAUGGUACAACUCGAGUAAAGAUAUCGAGUCCCUCAAAAUGUCAUGAUCGCUGGAGGUAUUCGAAAGUUCAUGAAAGAUACUCGCGCCACCAUGUGGACGUGUUCAACAACACCCAUUUACUUAACGCAUUGCAGCGUGCGUGCGUGGUUGACCGUAAUAUGGAUAUUAAUUUUGAUAUCGCAAUGUCCGAAGCUGACCGGCAAGUUUUAAACCCAAGAUGCGACAGUGCUAAUCACCUUGAUAAAUUGGCGUAUUUCUAUAUGAACUGUAAAGAUGUGUCAAAGGCAAUCAAAUGUUUCGAGUAUUCAUUCAUUAUGCGCAAGCAAAUUUAUGGUACAUACUCAAAGUAUGACGAAAUAGUAGAGCAAUCGCUAAUGCAACUUGGAGCAGCUUAUUGCAAAAACAACCAACAUGAUAAAGCUCUAACUGCAUCGGGUUUAUCAUUGGCGAUCGCUCGGAACAUGAAAAGUUCUAAACUAGAAGCUAUCAGCUGGCACAACGCAGGACAUUGCUGGGAAAAACUUAAAGAUUACCAUGUUGCACUCAAUUGUUACGAAUCCAGAGAAGCAACGCUGAGAAAAAGUGCUGAAACAAUUCCUGUAGAUUGUGGUGUUAUGGAUCCUGUGUUGUAAAUAAAUUCAAAUGUGUGUAUACGGUUUUGGGUGAAUGAACAAAUGCAACUUAUUUACUCUUGCGCUGCGGAGCGACAGUCGUUAUAACACGGGUGUUCUGUUUCAUACACCUCAUGCCGCUUACGAAGUUUACCACGUAUUUUACUUUUUAGGUAAUUUUUUAGGAUAUUUUUUUGUUUUUGUUUAAAUGUAUGGUUGAUAAUUUGAAGAACCCAUAAAAAAUCACUGGAAUGGUCUAA